AUGUACAAUGUUACGGCGGCCGCGCAAAAGAAUAAAGAGGUGGUGGAAGCUGAGCAGUCAACAACAGCAGCACAAAGAGUAACAACAAUUCCUGACUCACCAUCAGCACCCGGCAACACAUUCGUCUCCAGCAGUAACGACAAUGAACAGUCUCAAUCACCACCGACCUGCUGGUGUGGACUAAAUGCGAACGUUAGUCAAGUACGAAAAAUUGGAAAAAACACUGGUCGAUAUUUCUGGCGGUGCCCACGUUUCGGAACUGAAGAGGAAGAAUGCAACUAUUUUCGUUGGGUCGAUGACAAACAUCCAUAUCCCUUGUUGAAAAAACAAGCUGGAUUAGGGAAAAUGCCCACUUCCAUUACAAAUAUUACAAAUUUUUUUCAACCUCUUGAUGGAACUUCGGCCGCCGCUUCAACAUCUGCCGCUGCUUCGUUAUUCGCUAGUGGCAGAUCAAGUAGCAUUAAUACAGGUCAAAAACGUCAAGUGAAGUUUCCAGAUUUUGGUACGUCUUCUUCCUUAAUGGGCAAUAUGUCAUUAUCGUCAUCAACCUCAUCAAAUAUUCUUUCCUUACAAGAAUUGUUUCAAUUAAAAGCACAAGUAAAUGAUCCUUUACUACCCGAUACACCAUCACACGAAUCACAAAUUCCUUUUUCAUCAUUUAAAACCGUAACUCCUACUCCCAUAAACACGCUACAAGAACAAAUAUCAAAAUUACCAGCACCCGAAAUAAUUGAACUUUUCUCCAGUCAAAUGACUCGUCUAGAGAAAUAUGCAAUCACGCAAGAACAUGGGAAUAAAUUAGCAUUGAACGAGAUACAAAAGUGUCAUCAUGAACUGGAGAAAUUGCGUCAAGAAUUGGCAUUGGCUAAUCGUGAGAAUGAUGUGUUGAAACGCGAAAAAGCAUUACUGAAGAGAGAGUUGGAUGAAGUGACGAGGAGUGAGUCGGUUCGUGAUGGAAAGAGAGCUCGACAAUAA